AGUGACAUAAACAUUAAUCCACUUUUUCUCUCUUACGAAUUUGGAAUCCAUCACAUGAGUCUCACCAAACCAUUCACAAAAAAAAAUAACACUUUUUGUCUGUUCAAGCUUCCAACUUUUAUCCAUUGCCUUUUGUAAGCAUUUAAACAUUCUUGGUGUCUCUCAACUUGACAAGAUCAUUUAUCUUGAGUAACCAUGGCAUGUUCAUUAAAGAGUGUUUUCUAUGUUCCUAAAUUGAAUGAGAGUAUGCUUCUUGGUCCUUCAAGACAUGUUGAAGCAAAAUCAAGCACCUAUUCAGUUUUGAGUACUGAUUUCAUGGGAAAACCCAUUGUUCUUUCAGAAGUAAAUGGCUCAAAGUAUUACAAUUUGAAAACUUCUAGAGAUGUCUCUAUUAAUGCACAUGCAACAAGUUGUGUUAGCAAAUCAUUGAAAUGGUGGAAGAAGAACUUGAAGGCUAAUAUGAUUGAGAUCCAUUCAGCACAAGAACUGGUUCAUUCUUUGGUCAACGCUGGUGAUACAUUGGUUGUGGUGGAUUUCUAUUCACCUGGCUGUGGAGGCUGCAAAGCCCUUCACCCAAAGAUAUGUCAAAUAGCGGAAUUACACCCAAGUGUAAUAUUUCUGAAAGUGAACUAUGAGGAGCUGAGAAGUAUGUGUGAAAGUUUGCACAUUCAUGUCUUACCAUUCUUCAGAUUCUACCGAGGUGCAGAAGGUCGAGUUUCUAGCUUCAGUUGUACAAAUGCAACGAUAAAAAAAUUUAAGGAUGCCGUAUCAAAACACGGAAAUGAACGUUGUAGCUUAGGUCAAGCAAAAGGUUUGGAUGAGUCUGAGUUGACAGAUUUGGCGUCGAUCGGUGAAAUAAGAAUUGAUUCUCCUUUACUGUAUCCUGUUGAAGAAAAAUUGAAAGAGUUUUCUGAUGUUUGGAAUAUGGCAAGUAAUAGCAAAGCAACAUUUUUCUUAUCAUAAUAGAGAUUGAAACUACAUUACAAUUGUAAAUAUAUAAUUUAUUCUUUAUAUUUCAAAGGAUGAAGUUCAAAUUCCUUUGUAAAACCAUCAUUAGCAUCAUAUUAAUUAUAGUA